UUUCGUUGUUUAAUAAUUAUUCAGUGUGGGCGGGUUUCGGAAACCCACAUGGCAGAAGCGACCUCGGGAUUUUGCUACUUGCACACUUUACGCUUGCCGUGGACGUGACGCUGUCAGUCAAGCAGCGGCGGCGGUUUGGGAGUGUGAGUGAGAGAGAAGAUCUACUGUGAUCUGCAGAGCGCCCGGCGCUGUUGGUCUUUUCCACAGCAGAAACUGCCACCGUUUGGAUCACCAAACAGGCACGAUGUAUCUCUGCAGGGUCGCCUACCACAACCUGGCCAAGCUGUCGAUAUCCUCACGAUUACUUAGGAACGUGUACAGAGACGGAUCGAUACGACAGAUAUCGUUUGGUGGUCAUUCAGGCUCCUCGGGAGAGAACAUGAUAUAUGCCCUAAUAGUCGGUGGAGUGAUUGGAGGUGGAAGCCUUUACACAUACAAGGUUCUCCACAAUGACAAAGCCAGAUACAAUGACAGAGUUGCAGAGAUAAUGGAGCGUCCGAAGAAUGAGAGCACACCCAAGGAACUGCAACCUAAGGUUACAGAGAAAGCUGAUGAAGUGCAACCUCUUGAAGUAGUAGAAGCUGGUGAAGAAGGCCUGGCAGAAAAUGUUGAGCCACCUGAGAGUCCUUCAACAGUUGAACCCAACUUGGAAAAGUCAACAGUGGAAGAAGAAGUGAUUGAAGUUCUGCCACUACCUACUUCAGAUGAUUCCCAGACUUCUGAAGAGGUUGAAGCUGAUGCAGAGACUCUGGAGUCAACAGCAGUGGAGGAGGAAGUCCCUGCGGCUAACAUUGUUGAGCAGGUUGAAAAUCUUCCAAUGGUUGUGGAACCCAAUACGAUGCCAGAGGAAGACGAGGCUGAGACCCCAGCUGAACAGGCACAGUAGCUACAACAGAACAAACUAAGAACAUCCUUCCUGAUAAUUUAUUUUGAAAUAUAAAAAUAUCCAUCAUGA